AAAAAAAAAGUGAAAUGUUGUCGAAAUAUCUAUCGAGCUUUUUACAGCACUAUAGGCCUCCCCAAUGAGAAAGGCCUGGCGCCUCGGCGACCAUGACAGUCGCGCGCGCCCCUCGUUCAACGUAAUCAAACAAACAAUUUCUUUCUACCAAAUACGAUUUUAACCAUCAUAUACUUGUGAAUUUUAACGGACGGUUUGGCUUCACGGCCAUAUUUUAUUCAAGCUGGCGAAGGCAUGGUGGAAGGAACCAGAUACUGGAGUACCGGCGGGCGCGCGCGAAGGCUGCGCGGCAGCACGCAUGUGGCGUGCGGCAUGCAGCGUGUUGGUGUGCCCCGAUGCUGAUGCCGCUUGGACCCGCAUCUCUGAUACUGCGCCACCAGACACUGUUUGGCACUCUCUACGCAACUGCGUUGCAUAUCAAGCUGGUGUAUGGCAGAACUUGCUAGCAAAAGGCAUAGAUGAUGUAAUCCAACCUGCGGCGUUUAAAUUGGCUAUAGUAUUGAGACACACGCCUACAGAUCUCACCGUACGCCUGCUGGCAGAUUUAUUACGCCUGCAUCCACAAUCUCAAGACCUGACCUCAUACGUGUUGGCGCUGCUAACAGACGACGAGGCGGCAUGGUGUGGAGCGUGUGGUGCGGGUUCUCCAGGCGGCGGCACGCCGGGCCCGGCGCCGCUGAGAGACCUGCAGCUAUUUGGUGAUUGCGAGCUUUCCAUCCUCGCAGCCAGCCGUGAAGAGUACGAGGCCCAUGCUAAGCUGGUCCGCGCAGAGUACGCAGCAAUGAGCAAUAAGAACUACGUGGAACUAAGGAUUAAGGUCCUAAACCAGUUCUCACAGAUCCCUAAGCUAUAUCACACACCAGAAUUCGAGUUUCUUGAGCCACUUGCGCGUGAAAAUAUUGAACGAGAAAUUUGCACUCUACGUGAACACCUGCUUACAGGUCAACAAGAGUAAACUCGAAUGAAGACCAACAUGAGGCACAUAAUGUCUUGAAUUAGUCCAAGCUAGCAAACAAUAGAUGCUAAUAUUUACGAUUGGAAGGCAUGACAUGCCGGAUUACUGCGUUAGACACAUUUCGUUGCGCUUAAGGCUAUGUUCGUGAAAACGUAUCUUUUUUAUUGAUCAAGUCAAUCAGACAAGUAGUGACGCAAUUAAUGUUCAAUAAUACUGAAAAUAAAACUUAUACAAUAUUCCAUGCUAUGCUAUACAAGAAAUGCGACAGAAGAACAAAGUUGUGAAAUCGCGUAUGAAGCUAAGACUGGCUCAUCAUAGGUUACCAGAGGUUUCCAAGUCAAUACUUUUUGAUCUGAGGGCCAUGAUCAUGGAAGACGCUUUCUUUUCACGGGUCAGAUUGAUGGACUUAGGUACUUUUCGGAAUGCAAAUUGGCAGGUUAGCGAGCCAGAUGCGGCCCCUUCGGCCUAGUUUGGAGACCCAUUGGUAUUGAUCCAGUAUAUACCAAAGUAAAGCCCGACCAGAAAUAUAUGGGUGCUGUUAUUCUCACGUGUAGGGUCACAGUCCAGUUUAGUAUGAAAAAUUGACUUCCAAUGAAAAUUCGCAAUAUGGCGCGUGAUCAUACAUAUAUUACUGGUCAGGCUUUAUAUACCACAGAUUUCCUGUAUUUAUAACAUUUCAAAUUUAAGAAAUUACAAUUUGUUGAAUUGCAUACUUACAUCAUCAUGGCUAAAUAAUGUAUUACACCUUAAUUAAAUGUUCUCAUUUUCAACGUACUUUUAAUAAGUUAACUGACUUUAAAAUUGCCUUGAUUUGUUGCAAAAAAGAUGUUCAGCUGCCACUGCUGCGCCCUAGAUGUAAAUCAGUUGAUAAAUUCGUACCUAAUUUAUAGAUUGUUCUUAAUAGCAUAAUAUACAUUUAACAAACAGUUGUUUUCAAUAUACAUAAUUUUAUUUUA